AUGGCGAGGAGAGCCGCCGGCACCGCCGCUGAGGCGGAGGCAGAGGCGGAGGCGGAGUUGCGGAGGCUCGUGCAGGAUGUUGCGCGGGUGGGGGAGCUGGCGCGGGAGUUGCAGGACUCGGCGGCGAAUCUGAUCUCCCGCACUUCGAACGAAGAGCAAGCGCUACGGCAGCGUGCGGUUGGCCUGGAUGCCGAUCUGCGCCGCAUCCAGACCUCCGUUAAUGCCGCCGUCCGGCGGGGCGGGACCCUUGACGCCAAGGACGCCGACAAGGUAGGACGGAUACAAGAAGGGACUACAGUUCCUCGGAAACUCGUUUUGAAUUCGUUUCUCUUCGCAAUUUCCAUGCUCGAUGGCGAUCGGUGGUGCCGUUUGCUCACGCCUUCUGCCCUUUGAUUAGUUGGAUGAGGAAUUAUGCAGAGCGAGGUGGCUUAUUAGCGACGGCGACGUUGGUUCCCUCCUUCCCAACAAGAGUCAUGGUACUCAGGCCGGCCUGUUCUUGUUUGUUUCCCAUUUCAAUGUGGUUCAUUUUUCUUAUGCCGCCUGUUCGCGCAUGCAUCACUAGGUCGAUUCCUGAAGAUGUUCCUUGGGCCAAUCAACGUGCGUGCCAUAAGGAAAGAUGUUCGACUGAAAGUAAAAGAGGAAUACAACAAUUAUAGGGUAAACAUCCUCUUCCCUUAUUUAAGUUUUUCUUCUUAUUUCCCAAACUUCAAGCUCUUAUUUUGUUCUACAGCUUUCUUUGAAAACAUCCAGCGUCUGAGAUUAUCAAGCAUACUUCAAUUACCGCGUUUUUAUAAAUAACUUUAAAUGUAAAACUUCAUCUUAAUAAACUGGUAAAGAGGUUUUCUUAGACACAUAUAGUAAGAAAAUUGACUCCUAGUGGUUAGUGAAACUAGUGCUCCUUUGGGUGGUGAAUUGUGGUGCUUAGUGGGUGGGGGGUUCUUGGACACAUAUAUUAAGAAAAUUGACUCCUGGUGCAGAGUGGAACUAGUACUGGUACUUCAUCUCGAAUAUUGUUUAGGACAAAGUCAGGAUUUCAUGGCAUGCCUUGUGGUGGUGAAUUUCCGAUUCCUUUGGGGGGUGUAAUUUAUUUGCAAAUUUCUUUCCAGUUCUUUCUUGGAUUGGAAUCCUUUUAAUUAACAUAAGCUACGUUUCUCCAUAGGGAUGAAAAAACGUAUCAGACAUCAGUAGAGCACGACAGCUGUUCAAAGAGAGACCAAAUUCCUUAACGAGCAAACUUCCAUUUUGAAUACCUACAAAGUAUUUCGAGAUACUACUCGAUUUGCUUCAAUGUUGAGGACACUAAUAUUAGUUUUCUUCUACUUUCUUUCAUAAAGUGUGCACCAAUACCAAUCUCUUGAAUAAGGGAAUUCAUUAAUCUAUCAGAAGUGACAUUGAAUCAAAGAAUAAAAUUAAAAAAUUAUAUUCGAUACACUAGUCCUUGAUUGGAUAUUAGCUACAUAAAUGAUCAGAUUCAUAAUUUCGAACUAAAUAUUUCCUAUUUUUUUAGUUUACACUGUGAAAACAUUUAUGAUUCAUCUAGAGGUAAAAUGCUCCAGCAUUGUGCGUCUAGAAUUGUUUGGUAGAUUGGGCUGCAACUUCAGAAUUUCUUGCUAUGGAAAGCACUUCAAAAUAAUGAGUUAGGUUGCAUCUGAAAAUGGCAAUUGCAUCGAAAUACAGAAAAACGUUGGUGAUAUCCCAUGUAAAAUCUUCUUUUUUUCUCACAAAAAGAUUUGGCAUUGGUCAGUGGAUCAUUUACUUUCGGGAAUUGGCAGUGACUAUUCCUGCCUGUGGACAUGGUAUGUCUUGCAGCUAGACCCGAUCUAAUAGGGAUCAGGAUCCAAUAGACCUAAUCGGCCAAUAGAGGCUCAGUGUUUUCCAAGUCAGAGGAGACAGCCGGAUCAAUUUUUUCAGCAGGGAUGAAAAAAAUUGUUGAAACCCAUCUGAGCCCAUGGCUCUCUUACUGAGCUAUGGAUCCCGUCUUCAUCAUUCGUGUCACAAAGCAUAAAAAGCCUGCACGGAUUUGGUGGGGGUGUUAGAAUUGCCUCCUAAUGAGUAGGACAAAUUAACUACUACAGUUAACUUGUAGAGGUUCAGUCCCACCGUUCUCAAUUGUUUUCAGUCCGAUGGCCCAUUUAUUUAAGUUGUCGUUUAAGGUUAAAAGAUUCUUGAGAGAGAAGAAAUAAAUGACUGAACGUAAGGUUGCACAAAUCAGGGUAGCUUCUCAGUCUAGGUGCGUAUCUGGUUAAGACUAACAUUCUAAUACCGCCCUCCCCAAAACCUUGAUCUAGAUAUAAUAUUCCUUCACUAUAAUACAUAGCUAAAAGCAUGUGCCUGCGUGUGUGUUUCAUGCCCGUUUGUGCAUGUCAAAGCAUAGAAAUCUCCUCUUCCCCCAAUCCCCAUCCCCCCUGCACUAAGAUAGGUUCACUGAAACACUCCCAUCACAGCUGCAUGGCGAAUGAUCUUAGUGGUCAACUUGAAUGCAAAUGAUUUUUGUUAGUUAUAAUAUUGAAAACAACUUAGAUUUCUUUGAAGAUACACUUGAUUGUUAUAAGGUUUACUGCAACUAGAAACUUGCUCCAUUUGCCAAUUCCUUGGAAUCUUUUUUUCGAAAAGGAUACACUAGAGUUUUUAUGGGCGUAUUGUUAUCAAUACAAGGGAAUAUGACCAUCUCUUGUUCAGUAUUCAUUACUCUCUCUCUGCACAUGCGACUGUAUGCAGAAUUAUUCACCAUGGUGCUCGUUCAUGCUGAGCUCUUUCGAUAUAGAAAUGGCUUCUUGAACUUUUUUCGAUUUUUAUGAGUUAAAGUUGAAAUUUAUUGUUAAUUGAAUCUGUAAAGUUUUUUCAGGCAUACUGAUAGUUAUAGAGUACUUGUAAAAUCCUCAGUUGUAUUUCUAAAAUAUUUUGCAGUGUAAACAUGUACUAUUCCGUAGAAAAAUCCGUAUGAAUUUGUUACAUUCAUAGUAAUGACUAACGAAGUAUGUUUCGAGUCUAAUGGGGUAUGAAAACCGCAAGUUUAUAUUGGGCAUGAAUGUACAACUUGUAUUUUUGUACCAUUAUUGAUUCAAUUAGGUAGUUUGUCAUCAUUGAUUUUAUGCAUCAAGCGUUCCAUCUUACAAAACUUAAUUGAUGCUAUACUUUCUAUAAAUUCCUAAAACUGUGAAAAUAAAAAAAUGCUAACAGAAGUUUUACUUUUGGGCUGUUUUUGAAUCAGUUCUCUGCCGCUUUAGUCCAGUGUAGUGAUCGGGUACAGAGUUAAGAGCUUAUCUAGAGAAAUAGAAAUCAAAUAUAAAACCAGCUGAUUGUACAACAAAGCAACCAAGACUAAACUGAUUCACCUGAAUUACGGUCUUCUUUUGCUAGUUAAUUUCUGUAUUGUCCUAUUUUUAUUUAUCUAGGGUUCCCAGUGUGUGACAAUGAUAAAAUUAAAUUGCAACUCUCCAGAACUUGAUUUCUUCGAUAUAUAUAUAUAUAUAUAUAUAUAUAUAUAAUUCAUCUCUUUUUUCGAUCUUAUCUUCGUCAAUACAAUUGCCUAGGAUCACUAGGCAUGAUUUUUAUUUGAAUUUUGUUUGUCUUAUCAUUUAAAGAAAUUACUAGCACGCUCUCAUUAUGUUUCAUGAAUCGUCUUUCUAAAGCCGGAUUACGUUCAAGCUCCUGCAGUUCAGAACUAACUUAGUUGUGUUGUGAUUGUAACCAGGAAAGAAUGUAAUAAAUUCAAGAGGCUUAUUUAAAUUUAUAUCCCCCAGAUGAGCCACACUCUUGUGUACAUCCAUCUCGCAUUUCUUUCAUGAAAAUAUAUGGUUUUAGGUGCCGUUAGUCAAUAUCAUAAUCUACCCUUGUAAUUUCUUGCAAGUAUGUGCAAAAUUGUGUAUCCACUCACACGCCAUCAUUUAUGGCUGGCCAACUGUACUCGCCCUUUUUCCCUUUCUGCCAAGAUAUAGAGACAUUUUGAUAAUAAAGUUUUGUUCAUGGUUAAAGAAAUUUGGAUGAUUUCUAGCAAAGUGGGACUUUGAUCUUGGCGGGUAUACACGAUGCUUGCAAUAGUAUAAUGGUAAACAUGAAAAACCAUUUAUUGCAAUUGAAGAUGUGCAUUUUAAUGUGUUACUUGUGUUUCAAAAAACAUUUAUUCCCUUACCCCUGAGGAAAGCAGUCACGGCAUGGGUCAGGUGAACUGUAGAAGUACACUCGACUGAGACUUAAACUACAAUAUGCCCUAUGGCCUAAGAUGAGAUUAAGAAAUGCCUUUUUCUCACAUCAACUUCAUAGGGUUUUGUUGAUUAAGUUCAUUGGCUGAUCCUUCCUAAGUUACAUCUUCAUUUAGUUGUCGUUCUCCACAGACCAAUGAAAGUUCAUUUGAUAAUAAACUGAAGGACUGCCUCAGUCUACGUAAUCCUGAUCCUUGUCACUUGAUCCUCAAUGCUCUUCCUUCUUGAACUUUAACAGUUGGUGGGAGUUCUCAUCUAAGUUCUUGAAUUUUUCGUCCUUAACAUCUCUUCCUUGGUCUUGUUUCUCUCAUCUCUUCAGAAUGUCAUGCUGAAGACACUUGCUGUGUCUUUCUUGUAUCACUGUAAUUAACCCAACUGCCAACAGUAAUAACGCAUCUAAUUUUCUUUUGAACAGGAUAGAACAGCUUUUAUGUUUCUCCUUUUUCCUUCCAUGCUACUCCUCUUAAGGGCUUGGGUUUGGGAUGGCUGCUUUCCAGCAUGGCCUGUUCAGUUAUACCAGGUGAGGAAUGUAUUUAAUAAGUGUCAGUUAAAAGCAUAGACUUGAUCUGUUCGAAUCAAUUAUGUGCUGGUUUGUUUAAAAGUUCGCUACUUUUUCAGGCUUGGCUUCUGUUUCUGUACACAAGUUUGGCGUUACGUGAAAACAUAUUGAGAGCAAAUGGAAGUGAUAUUCGUCCAUGGUAGUAAGGAAUAAUCCCCAUUAAACUUUAUAGGCCUUUUUGUUUGCAGAUAUGAUACAAGACAGAAGUCAAAUAUCCGUUUGCUUUUUGAGAUUAUUUGUGAUAUUACCUCAUAGAAAUUUUUUAGCAUGCCAUCAGUUUAUGUAUUUGGUAGGAACUUACUAACUUCUGGAAUGCAAAAAAUUCCAUUAGCUUAAUUGUCUUACUUCGUACUUGUUCAUCUUAGUGUCAUGCGGCAUCUUCUAUAACCUUCUUUGAAUUGGAAAAGAGCAAUGAAAGCAUCAAAAAGUCUUAAAAUAAAAAGUCGAUAUCUCUUUCUUUCAUGGAUUUUGAGCUUUUUUAUUUUAUUUUCUCCUAGUAUGAAAAUUACAUGAGUUGAUUCACUGGAUGUACAGAAUGACAUUCAUUUUGGUAGGGUAUGGAAAUCUGUAGGGUUGUCACUGAAAUAAUUACCUCUGAAACAACAUGUGGAUGCUAUUCUGCAGCAUGAAAGUUAUUCUUUAAGCAACCAAAUAAUUAAAUAAAGGCGUCGCUAUGAAGAUUUCAAGUGGUGAAGUGUACAGACUGACGAUGAUGGCUCAGGACAGAUAGACCAGAGUGACUACACACGAUGCUCGCUCCAAGAAGAAAUAUAGAAGGCUUUGAAAUUGCAUCUGCUAAUUGGCGAUUAAUCCAGAACUACUGAAAACAUGGUCUUUUUUGUACAAUGAUCAUCCCCAUUCUGCACAAUUAUCAUGCGUGAAAUCUGUUGAGAUCUUAGAAUUCUGUGAUCUUCAACUUCUAAACACAAUAUCCUGGACCAGAGGUAAAACAUGUUUGUUCAGGAGAGGUAACGUGGCCUGUUUCUUCACAUAUCUAGUCACAGUUUAUUGAAAUUCAGGCCUCUUUACUCGGAAAUUCGAACAGAGGAUUGGAGCCUUUCCAAUCACAUCUCUAUCAAGAAGAAUAGCUGCAAGAUACUGCAGAAACAACUGGUUGGAGUAUUUGGAGUCUAUUUUCCUAGGAUGUGACAAAGAAAGAGAGCGCGAGUAUUAUCCAAUACUUAGAUGCAUUUAUGAACAGGUUAUGCUACCAUGGGAAAGCUUGUCUAUGACAUGCUAGAUUUCAGACAGCAAAAAUAAGGCUAGUUUUGCUACCUGUAAUUUGCCAAGCUAACUUAGUUACUAUUCAGUUGACUUCAUCCCUUCAAAGUUACCAGAGAAAAAAAUUAAGCAUCAAGUUUGUGGCAGUUUGAGAUAGCUCCUAUUGUACACUACUUUUGCCUUCUGAUUUCACAGUUGACUUUUUGUAAUUUGGAUGAAGGAUGAAAACGUGUCAUCCCCGUCACGUCUGUUGAUAUCAAUAGGCUUGGUAUUGUCUCUCAACCUUUUUUUUCCAAUAAUUGGACCAAACUGCGGAUUUUUUUUUUCAAUUUUCUGGUGCCCACCCUCGCCCAAAUUGGACAAACUUAAACCACAAUCCCGCAAUCUUGCAAAUCAUGAUUGAUUUGUCAAUUCUAGGUGGUAGGCGUUUCCUUGCUUCGAUUGCUCAAGCCAUUCUUCUCAUGCAGGUGGAUAUAUCAUCACUACUGCGCAAUGUUAAUGGCGCUCGUCAGUCUCACUUGGGAAAUCAAAGGCCAGCCUGAUUGUGCAAGCAAGCAGGUGCCGUCUCUUUGCUCUCAUCUGCCUUCUCGCUUUUCUUUUCUUUACUUAUGCAGACAUCUUGCCUCUAACACCCACUAGUUUCAUUGCAGAAAGGGGUCCAGCUGUUCUUAGAAUGGGCUGUGAUGCAAGCCUUUGCAAUGCUUCUACAGAACAGAUACCAACGACAGAGACUGUACACCCGAAUCGCAUUGGGAAAGGUACAUGAAUCCUCUUUGCUCCCUGGGAAUGAGCGAGUCAUAUACUUCCAGUGUCAUUUUUAUUUUAUUUGAACUCCAUGUUCUUGGUGGGUUGUUCCGCAUUUUCUAACCAGGUGGCUCAUUUCACAGUAGAUGAAUCAGUUGACUUGUAUGGUUGGUCUCUGUGUGUUCCCAAGCUAAAUGCAUAUUGUUAUUUAACCAGUACUCCUCUUUGUCAAACUGGGACCUGCUACUAUGACAUACCCAUCAGUGCCACAACCCCGUCCACAGCCUUGGUCUGGAGUGGUGACCGACCCAUUCCAAGCCAUCUUCUGGGUCACACACAUGCUUUGCCUUCUGCUUGUGAGCCGGCCACACCUGUAAGGGGAAACAAUGGAGAGUCUUGAGCUCUUAACAAGGGUUGGAAUGCUUGGGCCAGAAGUCUCAACUCUUUCAUCGGCACAGCACGCCACGCCACGCCACUCCACGCCACGCCACGCCACACCCUAGAAGUCAAUUGGUGGUCAACUCUGGUCCCCCAUUUGGGCAUGCCAUGACCAAUUGAUAUCCUCCCAAAUUAGGUAUAUAUAGAUUGAGCAACUCUCGUCUUCCUCACCAUUUGUCAGACCCACUAGUCAAGUUUGCGAUGGUCAAAAUAUCGUCAAUUCUGAUCUUUUGUCAUCCCGUCGGCAGCAGUUUGAUCGAUCUGGUGAGGAAGGAAUAAGCGAAAUAUCUGAUCUUUCUUGCCCUUUGUUAGAGCUCUCUGACCCAUGAAAUAUAGUGGUCGGAUGUUAUGGAUCAGGGACUGUAUUGCAGAAGCAGAGUAGUUUCCUGUUGAUUGGAGAGGUUCCAGUGGCUAAUAAUGUUCAUCGAUUUCUCGGCUGUAGGCAAGGAGAAUGGAUGUUGUGUGGGGUGAAACCGCUGGCGUGGAUGGCCAGCUGUGGCUGCUCUGCCCGAUCCUGUUCAUUUUGCAGGUGACUGAGUCUUGCUGCUCGGUGUUAUCUCUCUCUCUCUCUCUACCUGCUGCUGGAAUAAGUGGUGUGGAAUUAUCUGGUGGAAACGGUGUGCUUAUCUCUACUGCCUUCGUCCAGGGUUUCGAAGCAUACGUUGGGAUGAAGCUGCUUCUGAUUGCAUCGGAAGGUUUGGUACCUGAGUGGCAGGCAGGGCACACAUCUCUCUCUCUCUCUCUCUCUCUCUCUCUCUCUCUCUCUCUCUCUCUCGCUCUAUCUCUAUUCUUCCCCUCCCCUUCUCUCUCUCUCUCUAUUCUCCCCAUCUCCCUCUCUCUAUCUCUAUUCGUCCCCUCUAUUCUCUCCCUCUCUCUCUCCCCCUCUCUCCCUCUCUCUAUCUCUAUUCGCCCCCUCUCUCUUUCUCUAUCUCUAUUCUCCCCCUUUCCCUCUCCCCCCCCCCUCUCUCUCUCUCUCUCUCUCCCUGGGCAUCGCUCUCUCUCGAGCCCAGCUCUCGGCGGUUUCACAACCUCCGAGCAAUGAGUCCAUUAAUCUUCAGCAUCAUGCCUUCCAUUUCUGCUGCAGGUGGUAGUCUGCGGGAUUCUUCUCGUCCUGAUGGCAGUCGGCAACUUUGCCAACACAGUGCAGACGCUCAUGGUCAAAUCAAGGUUCAAGGCAAAGAUGAAGCGGACGAGGAGCAAGCAAGAGCUCGACGCCCCGCCAUCACCCAACAACUCGAGAUGA